GAAAUAUAGCUACCCUACCAGAAGCAAUUAAUUAUGGAAAUUCAUUAGGAGUUGUAGGAUUUGAUAAUGCUAUGAAAACUAAUGUAUUAGCAGGUAAGAUAGCAGGAAGGUUUACUCCUCCAAAUCCAUUUAAUAAUAGUGCAGGAAAUCUGGUCAAUACUCCAGCAUUAUUUAUAGCAUG